GUGGCUGCCCAGCACUAAGGGGUUAAGGGAGCCAGGAGCAUGGGGCAGGGCUGGCCAGCAGGCUGUCCCAACAGUGGGGGAAUCCAGAGGGCAGGAGCUGCCGGCCCAGCAGACCGCCCUCGUCCCCUGCAGCCGGCAGUCCACUGCAUGAGAUGGCCCUGAGGAGAGGUGAGGACGCUGGCUGUGAGGGUGGCCGCCCGUGGGGAGGCUCCUGGUGGGUGGCUGGGCACAGUGGGCUGGGCUGGCCGCAGGGGUCUCUGCUCCCUCCUCCCUGGUGGCACGGGGUUGUGGGGAUGAGCAUUCUCUGGAUGCCCCUCAGGGCCCACACAGCAAGGGGGCUGAGCAGGGCGCUGCCUGCCAGCGUUUUCUCUCUGGGCCUGGCCCGGAUGGUUAGGAGAGGGUGUGAGGGUGCCACUGGACACCUGGGACAAGCCCACCGAGUCAGGACCUGGGACCACUGCUAGCUGCCUGGUCACAGUGAAGAGCAGCGGUGGGAGGUUGGCGGAGACCUUGCGUGCGCCGCACCCAGCGCAGGUAUAGGGCACUGCUAGCUGGGUCACUGGGGCCUGAUGCCCAGUGAGGGCAAUAUGGGGUCCCCAUCUGCCCGAGGCCUGUGUCCCACUCUCCACUAACCCACUGCUUAUGGGGCAGGGGUUUCUGGCUCAUUGUCCAGCCACCAUGAGCAACAAGUAAAUACACCAUCCAGGUCAACUCUAGAAUGUUCUGGAAAUGACCAGAUCUUGGCUAGCAGCUUGGUCCCCUCUAUCUCCCAGGCCAACGUGGCAGCCUGGCUAGGCCUGCGUGCAUACCUCUGGUGACAUGGACUGCCACACAGCUUCACAAGAGGGGCCCAGGAUGCCUCAGCACCAAGCCCCCAGUGUCCCCAGCAGUGCCGGUUCCAUGGGGCGGGAAGACGCAGUCAGCUUCUGUGCCCUGAGCUGGGUCGUCCUGCCGGCUACUGCCCAGGAUCUAAUUAAGACGACCAGGGCUGUUUCCAAUGAAACCAAGACUUGGGAAGAUCCAAUGAAACCAGGACCAGCACUGCUUUGGCGCCCCUCACCGAGCCUUCUCCCCACAGGAGCCACGGCCCUGCUGGCACUGCUGCUCUCCUGGGCGGCACUGGGUCCCCAUGGCCUGGAGGGGGCAGAGCCUGGCACCCCAGAGGACCCAGAGGGCCUGCAGUGCCCGGCUGCCUGUACCUGCGGCCAUGACGACUACACAGGGGAGCUCAGCGUCUUCUGCAGCGCCAGGAACCUCACCCGGCUCCCUGACGGCAUCCCGGAUGGCACCAAGGCCCUGUGGCUUGACGGCAACAACCUCUCUUCCAUUCCCCCGGCGGCCUUCCGGAACCUCUCAGGCCUGGACUUCCUCAACUUGCAGGGCAGCCAGCUGAGCCGCGUGGAGCCCCAGGCGCUGCUGGGCCUGCACAACCUGUACCACCUGCACCUGGAGCGGAACCGGCUGCGGACCCUGGCUGCCGGAGUGUUUGCACACACGCCGGGCCUGGCCUCCCUCAGCCUUGGCAACAACCUCCUCACCCGGCUGGAAGAGGGCCUCUUCCGGGGCCUGGCCCAGCUGUGGGACCUCCACCUCGGCUGGAACAGCCUGGUGGUGCUGCCCGAUGCCGUGUUCCAGGGCCUGGGCAACCUGCGUGAGCUGGUGCUGGCUGGCAACAAGCUGGCCUACCUGCAGCCGGCGCUCUUCUGCGGCCUGACCGAGCUGCGGGAGCUGGACCUGAGCAGGAACGCGCUGCGCAGCGUCAAGGCCAACAUCUUCGUGCAGCUUCCCCGGCUCCAGAAGCUCUACCUGGACCGCAACCUCAUUGCUGCAGUGGCGCCUGGGGCCUUCCUGGGCAUGAAGGCCCUGCGCUGGCUCGACCUGUCCCAUAACCGCCUCUCUGGCCUUCUGGAGGACGCUUUCCCUGGCCUGCUGGGCCUGCACGUCCUGCGCCUGGCACACAACGCCAUCGCCGGCCUCCGGCCCCGCACGUUCAAGGAUCUCCACUUCCUGGAGGAGCUGCGGCUCAGCCAUAACCGCAUCCGCCAGCUGGCGGAGAAGACGUUCGAAGGCCUGGGGCAGCUGGAAGUGCUGGCGCUCAAUGAUAACCAGAUCCAGGAGGUGAAGGUGGGCGCGUUCCUUGGCCUUGCUAAUGUGGCCGUCAUGAACCUCUCGGGCAACUGUCUGCGCAGCCUCCCUGAGCAGGUGUUCCAGGGCCUGGGCCGGCUGCACAGCCUGCACCUGGAGAGCAGCUGCCUGGGCCGCGUGCGUGCGCACACCUUCGCCGGCCUCGCCGGGCUGCGCAGGCUCUUCCUCAGGGACAACAGCAUCUCCAGCAUCCACGAGCAGAGCCUGGCCGUGCUGCCAGAGCUCCUGGAGCUGGACCUCACGUCCAACCAGCUCACGCACCUGCCCCCUCGACUCUUCCAGGGCCUCAGCCAGUUGGAGUACCUGCUCCUCUCUCACAACCGGCUGGCCACGCUGUCUCCUGGCCUCCUGAGCCCCUUGCGGCGGGCCUUCUGGCUGGACCUCUCGCACAACCUCCUGGAGGCCCUGGCUGACGGCCUCUUCUCUCCGCUGGGGCGCCUGCACUACCUCAGCCUGAGGAACAACUCCCUGCACACAUUCCUGCCACAAGCCCUUGGCCUGGAGCGCCUGUGGCUGGAGGGCAACCCCUGGGACUGCCGCUGCCCCCUCAAGGCGCUGCGAGACUUCGCCCUGCACAACCCCGGUGUCGUGCCCCGCUCUGUGCAGGCCAGGUGCGAGGGGGACGACUGCCAGCCCACGUACACCCACAACAACAUCACUUGUGCCAGCCCUGCGAGCGUCUUAGGCCUGGACCUGCGGGAUGUCCCUGAGGAACACUUUGCACAUUGCUGACCAGGGUCCCCGCGUGGCCUGUCCCGUGGUCAGGAAGAGGCCUCGCUGUUCCCAGAAGGACGAGCUCUUCACUCACAGGAGACAGACGGCCUUGGCAGCUAUGCGGCCUGGGCUCAGGCAGUGGGAUUGAGCCCAGUGUAGUGGGCAUGGGCACAGGGACAGUGGGAAUGAGCACAGGGCAGUGGGCAUGGGACAGUGGGAACAGACAGGUGCCCAGGGCUUGGCCAGAGGGUGGGGACUCUCUGGGCAAACAUUAAAAGUGUACAAGACCCAUGGCACGUGACAGUGAGCUAUGCGAUACAGGGGAGGCAUCACCUGGGGUCCCCCGUCCACCUCCCUUUUUCCUCUUGGCUCUCUGCCUAAGUGUGAAGCCUGUGCCUUGGUGGUCUCAGGAGCCAC